UUAUUAAAUGAUCACAUUCGGCUAUACAGAAAUUUAUGUAACUGCUUUUAUCAGUCACUUACGUUUCACGAUAUCGAAAAUUCGAAAACACUGAUUAUCCAAUGGGUGGAAACUGAUUCAAGACUAUCUAAAUGGGUAAAAUAAAGGAAGAGCCACUAUUUCAGAAAAAACGAAAAUUUGAAUUAACAAGUGAAUUUAAUCUGAAUAACCAAUUUUCAAAUCCAAAGGAAGAUAACUACUUUGUGAUAGGUCCAUCUGAUGCGUAAUAGUCGAAGUAUUUCACCGAAAGGAAAACAAGAAAAUGUUGGACACUGUUUAAAAUGGCAACCACCUUCCCAGAUAAACAGGCAAAUUCGAAGGUUAUCACCUAUCCUAAAACUUCAUAGAGAUGAAGCUAUCCAAACAGAUGGAACACAUACAACACUUGAAGAGGAGAUUCGACGAAUUCGAAAUGAGAUCGAAAAUAGGAAGCGGAUUUUACGUGCAAGAGAGGAAGCGAAAGAGAAUAAGAAACAUGUUAAAAUCGAAAAUGAUCUUAUGGAUAAACCUCAUACAAAGAUUUCUAAACCAGCGGAAUAUGAUUAUCCAGUGGUCACUACUGUCCCUGAUGCACCACGUGAACACAAAAGUAUUAAAAUGCCACUUCAAGAGUAUUCAAGAAACUGGAAAUCAGAGCCUCCUAAAGCUGCAGUUUACACUUCUGGAAAAAAUCGUCUUUCAGAAUAUCAAAGUGCAUUUAAAGCACCACAGCUGAAUUACAAAUUUGAACCAACAAAACCUAUUAGACCAUACACAUGUAAAAUCGACAAAUUUCGAUCCCGUGAAAAUCCUUACGAUACAGAGUACAGGCAUGAAUAUAAACCUUUUAAAUAUGUUCCAGUUGAUCAGUUAAAAACAACUGCGAUAAUGGAAAACAAAGAUGUAAAUAUUAUUCCUCUAAAACGUCCGUCGUCAGCGUACACAAUAAGAGAAAUAGCAGAAGAUAAUAUUAAUGAUGUCGUAAAAGCACCAAUUAGAGCUCUAUCACCACAAAUACAUACUAAACCGAUGCAGUAUAAGAAAAAGUAUACUUCAGAAUAUAACGCAAAAUAUAGAGACUAUUCAGAUAUAUUAGGUAUUCCGCAAAAUCAAAUGAAAUUGUCAAAUAAAAGUAUGUCAUACGACUGGUAUCGAGAAAUAUUGAGACUACGUGAAAAUGCUGAUGCCUAUCGAAAACGCGAUCGAGAGUCACAUUUCUCACGUGAACACUUAGCACAGCUGGAAUCCAAUUAUGUUGAUUACUGGGACGCCCCAAGUAAUGAUACUUAUGAGGAAAAUUUAAAGAAAUAUAAAGAAGCCUUACAAAUGCCAAGAGCUGGAAAACCAUCAACAGAUUUGCUUUCUAAUCCUGACGAAAUGGCGCCAUUGGCCAGUCGACGGAGGAGAGUAAUGUUAGACAGUCGCAAUGUCGCAGGAAUAAUGGAUCAAUAUGAUUACUCUGACACAGAUUGUGAUCAAAAUAUAGAAUAUGAUAAUGAUCAUUUAUCCGCACACCCAUAUCAUAAAUAUAAAUCAGACGUACAAUGCACUAAAGACAAUGAUGUUGGAAUAUCACCAGCUGCCACGAAAUAUAACUAUGCCAAUGAAGUAUAUGACAGAGCAAACUACAGCCUAAAAUCAGAUAACCAUUCGCUUCCAUUAACAAACUUAGAUGAGCCAAGAACAAAUACUUCGUACAAUAAGCAAUGGUCAAAUCAGUCUAAAUACCAUCCAUCUAAAAAACAGAACCAGUGGGUCUACAAUGAAUGUAAACAAAGACAAAGAACAUCAGACGAAACAGAAUCGCUGACUAGCUGUAGUUCAUUGUCUGAGAAAUCAAUGGAAUCAAGCGCACGUUUAGCACGUGAAACUCUGGAACAAGCACAAAAGCAAUAUGAACGUAUAUUACGCGAACAAAAACAUUGUCGUGAAAACAUAUAUUCUCCAAAUGCAUAUUGCGACUGCGAAUCUAAGCCGUUCGAACAGUAAACACAACCAAUUUCAAACUAUGAUAGAUGCAACUUUUGUAUGUUUUUAUAAAUGAUAUAUUUAUAAUAGCAAAUGUAAAUCUGAAUAAAUGUGCAUGCAUAAAUAAAAUAAAAAGGACGAUACACCUCUGUGAAUUAAAAAAUUACUUAAUUCCUUGUUGAAUGACCUUGUUUGUAUACACUGUCUGACUUUAAAGGGAAGUGAUCAUCUAUUGAAUACAUUAUUUGUGAAUUCAAAGAGAUAAUAGGUUUUCCUACCACAGAAUACCAGUGAGCCUACGACUGUGUUUUUACGAUUUUUCGUCAACUAUUUUGAAUGACUAACCGCAUCUUUAUAUUUCGAAAAUCUUUGUAUUAGUUAGUAAUAAAGGCAGAUAUUAUCGAAUUAUAUGCAUACAUAUACAUCGAAAGUGGACAACAAAAUAUAUCAAACAAACAGACAGGAAAUAGUUUUCUUGAGGAAAGUAGCCACUGGAUGUACAAUUAUAUAUAUAUAUAUAUAUAUAUAUAUAUAUAUAUAUAUAUAUAUAUAUAUAUCAGAAUGGCUUAAAAAUAAUUUACAAUUACAGCUUUGACUUAAUUUAUACACGUAAAUUUGAUAUACAUUUUGUAUACGACACAUUACUCAAUUUCAAAUAAAAUAAUGCAUAAAAAUGUGAUAAAAUCAUAAUGUACGUGAGCAUAAGUUAUGCAAGAAUUUGUAUAUAUAUAUAUAUAUAUAUAUAUA